AUGUGCCGACUUCAAAUCAUAGUGUUCCAAUUGCUCCUGGGUUUUACGAGCCAAACAAACAAUGGCCUCCAUUGGAGUCAAAGACUCGCAGUUGCUGUUGUCCGAACCAGAAGGACUACAUUUCCCGCAGAACAGCUAACCAGAAAGUUUCGUAAGAUCUCAACUGGAAGAGCAAUCAAAAUUUACUGCUCUAAGCUCAACAUCGCCUACAAAGAGGUCGCACUGAAGGAUAGCUCCACCAAGGCCCAAACUGAGCCAUGUCUGCAUGUCCCACAGCCAACCUUGCACUUUGUCACUCCCCCGUCAGCCUCUGAAACUGGGCCGAUACUGCUGUAUUUUCAUGGAGGGGGAUACGUCAACCCCCUUCAAGCGCCCGGUCACAUGCCUUUCGCUCUACGGUGUGCCGCAGCAUGUAAAGCCAAAGAAGUAGUCUUUCUCGAGUUCUCUCUGGCUCCAGAACAUCCGUAUCCGUCGCAACUCGUUCAGGCCGUGGCUCCUCUUCGAUAUUUACUAAACGAGCUCUCCCUUCGGGCUGACGACAUUAUAAUCGCGGGCGACAGCGCGGGUGGCAACUUGACAGGGUCCCGUCACCCUUAUGCGGCACCACUAGACCUUGCUGGCCGCCAACUAGAAGCUGUGUUGUUUGUGAGUCCCUGGGUUAUAUUGGGAACCGAUCAAGGCAGCUAUCGUACGAAUCAUGGGAGGGAUUUUCUCACCCUGGCACAGGAGAAUUGGUUUAAGGCGCGGUGGAAUGCUAAUGGGAUUGCCAAUGAGGAAGAGGUAUGGGCAAAUCUACGUGAAGGGGAGGGUGCCACGGAUGUUUGGAAUGGGGUGUUUCCAUCCUCCGGGGAGUCACAGGGCCUGGUUAAGAAGGCGAUGGUCACAGUCGGCACAGCGGAAGUUUUGCUGGACAGUUGCCGGUUAUUUGCUAGAAACUGCGUGAAGGCAGAGACGGUUGUCGCUCAGCGGGAAACUGACUGGAGUGUCUUCCAUGGAAAGGAUUUCGUUUUUGCAGAGUGUGAGGGUGCGGUCCAUAUCCAACCUGCGCUUGACGUUGCGGUGAAAUACUAUGAGGGAUAUAUGAUGCAGGCAGCUCUAUCGCGGCUGAAAGCGUAUGAUGUUUGA